UCAAAACGUGUAGCACAGAUGCCUUUUUGUGUCUUUGCGAACGCCGUUAUGCGUAGAGCGGCAUAAUUUCUGUCCAGGUGUUUUUGAAAUUGAUCUUUUGUUUGUAAAUUGCAAAAACCAAUGCCCACCGAUCCCUAAAAGGGCAAAUACGGACAAAAGCAGUCGCUAUUAUUAAGAAAUAGUUUUGUUCUGAGUCGCAGAUUAUAAGACGGAAAAACAAAUCUUAGUUUAAAAUGGCGCCAACAAAGAAUACCCGUGCGGUCUCGAAACAGGCUGCAACGUCAAAAAUGACCACAUUAUUGCCCCUGCCACGAAAGGGACUCAGUCAGCGGAGCGCAAUUAAUGUUCAGAAUCAAAAUGUGGAUAUAAUACAGACGCGCGGCAAACGUAAGGCCGAACAUAGCCCCGCUAAAAAUGAUAAAAUCAAGCGAUCUGCGCUUGGUAAUCUUACAAACAAUGUUAAAUUAAUGACAAUGACGAAGAACCCAGAGAAUUCCGACGGUGACAUAAAACAAAAUCAACUUUUUUCUAAAAGGAAGGAAAUUCACAUAACGCAAUCACAGGCGAAUGUGCUCAAGGAGACACAGAUUACGAUAGGAAGUGAUGAUGUUAGUUCACGUCAAAUUGCACAGAAAAAAAUCGCAACUAGAGCAAGUACGCGGAAUGCCAAUACAACUAACACGACAAAUGCCAGCAUUUUGGAAGAGUCGUAUAAAUUGGCGCUAUCAAAUGUGAAUGUUGUAACAACUGCGCCUACAGCGAAAUUGCGUAAAUCGGAAAAGGCUACAAUACUGCCUCCACUACCGGCGGCACCCAUUGUAGUAGCCGUUCCAACAAAACUAUCACAGUCCAACAAACCAGUACGGCGCAUUUCUAACGAAUUUAACAAGACUGAAGAAAGUUUGUAUAUGUCCGCACUGGAGGAUAUUUCUAGUAGCGAGUCUAUGCGCCUGUCUGGCAAUUUUGAAGCUGCUAAGCGGAUGUCAGCCCUAAUAUUACAAGAGAAAAAUAAGACUGAAGGGAUAUCAGUUGAAGAAACUGGUGAUAAGCCACCGCCUGCAACGGUGCCAGAAGGUGUGGAAGAUUUCGACAAGACCAAUUGGAAUGAUAUCUUUCAAGUGUCGCACUAUGCAAUGGACAUAUUUAAUUACAUGAAAUCCCGUGAAGUGGAGUUUCCUAUAAUUGAUUAUAUGGAAAAACAAAUUCAUUUGACUAAGUGGAUGCGCACAUUGUUAGUCGAUUGGAUGGUUGAGGUCCAAGAGACAUUUGAGUUAAAUCAUGAAACGCUAUAUUUGGCAGUAAAAAUAGUAGAUCUCUUUUUGUGUCGAGUCGUUAUCAACAAAGAUGUGUUGCAAUUGCUAGGCGCAGCUGCGCUCUUUAUAGCAUGUAAAUUUGAUGAGCGUACUCCACCCUUGAUUGAAGAUUUUCUCUAUAUUUGCGAUGGUGCGUACAAACAUGAUGAACUGAUACAUAUGGAAAUGACUACCUUGCGCACAAUUAACUACGAUUUGGGGAUACCUUUGUCAUACAGGUUUUUGAGACGCUACGCUCGUUGUGCUAAAGUUUCAAUGCCAACUCUCACAUUGGCCCGAUAUAUAUUAGAGUUGUCACUUAUGGACUAUGCUACUAUUCAAUUUAGCGACUCUAAGCUGGCAUGUGCUGCUUUGUUUAUAGCUUUACGCUUACAUGGCGAUAAAAAACCCUGGACACGAACUCUCGAGUUCUACAGUGGGUACAUUCUGACUGAUUUUGGCGAAAUAGUGCCAGUUCUAAAUGUUGGGUUGCAUCGUAAACCAAAAGUGAAAACAAUACGCAGCAAAUAUUCUCACAAAAUUUUCCAUGAAGUGGCCAAAGUGUCACUACUUACAACAGAACAACUUUUCGAGGACAAUUUAGACCUGAAUACUAGCAUAAAAAUAGAUGAUGUAAAGAAUUCCUAAGAUUUAUUUUUAACAAACAACAAAAUUAUUUAGCUAAAUUACAUGAAUACGCAAAUUUAUUAAUACACACAUCGCUCGAACAAUGAAAUAGUAAACACUAAAUUAAACGAUCCUCACCUUCAUCAUAGCAUACCUCAUCCAUGGCACACUUAAUGCUUUUAUAUGUAAACUAUCAUGGUUGUUGAAUUAGUUUAUAAUUUUUGUUCUAAUUUUAAGCACGUCCGUAAUGCACUUAAGACAUUUGUUUAUUUGAUAAACGUAUUGCGCAUACAUUUCGUAAUUUGUGUCUCGCUUUUGGAUUCCAUUAUACACAAGAAUAAAAUAUUUCGAAUGUAAUUGGCGCAAUAGUACAUUUUGCAGUCUCGUUCAGUUACACAAGGCGAGAAGUCAUGUAGCGAAUCCUUUAGCCUGUUUGUGCUUGGUCAACUCAGGUAGCAAGGAAACAUUGUGAAAUCGACGUUAAUAGGUACAAAAUGUUAAAGCAAUUAGUAGCCUAUGCAUGUAAAUCAUCGAUGGAAGCUAAUUGGUGUGAUAACGAAUACGCUUUUCAAUGCUCAUCCGAAAUCGCAUCCAAAAUAAAUAAAUUUUGUAAGACACUUUCUAUAAACCCAUACCUAAUUUAAUAAAGCAUCAAUUAAUUCAAACAAGUUUUGGA